ACCCCCGUUCCUGAUUCUUUUUCACCCUGAGCUGGGGCUGGUUGCUCCCCCGCUUCUCUCCUCCCGCCAGGGACCGGACCCUCUUUCCUCUGUGUGUUAGCGCUGUUUUUGUUUUUGUUUUUCCUCACGUGACGCGUGGGGCAGGCCCCCGCCUGGGGCAGAGGUUAUUGGGAAGCUCCCGCCCUGCCGACCUCCUGCCGGGCCCCCGGACCGGAGGGUCUGUCUCGGGUCCCUUGUUUUCUCAGCGGCCGCAGGCCUGCCUUGGGGCUCGGCCCUAAAGCUUCUCCUGGGACCGUCUCCCUCCAGUGUGUCAACAGGUAGCGAGCGGGGUCUCUUGGGACCCCCUCAGCGCUGCAGGGCUGUGGACCACCGAGGGGCUCCGGGAUCCCCGGCCGCGGCCGCGGGCGGUUUCCGGGCAGUGGCACGUCUGCUCCGCUGCCCGGAGCCCCGGGCUAUGGGCUGGCAGUGAGCAGUUUGUAAAGUAGGGUGUACUUCCUGCUCUUCUUGGGCGGUCCUCGGAAAACUUCCAAGUUCCUUUAUCGAUAGUUUUCUUACAGACUUUUCGCCGCAUCUGAGUUGUGAGGGAAGGAGCGCAGGGUUUAGAGUUUGAAUCCUGACAGGAUGAUGGGUUGGCCGCUCGCUGGUCCUGUUACCACCACCUCCUUUUUCCUGUCUGAAGAAAAGGGGGACAGUCUUUUUGGUGUUCUGCCUUUCAGUGUUAUGGAUUUCAGCAGAAGUGAUGUUCGUGUGAACACCUUCGGACUGUAAAGCAUGUUUAAAAGAAAGCUCUAGUAUCCUACCUUGUGCAGUCCAGCUUGAAGUGGUGCCAUGCAGCAAGAAGCAGAGAGAUGCAGAGUUCGAACCAGAAGACCUGACAUGGCACUUUAUAUACCUAAAGCUCGAAGAAGCAUAACAGUCCUCAAGUCAGGUGACAAGGAGGAAAGCUGUAGGCCUCCUGCCUUUGUGGUCAAAGAGCAGAAGGAAGCUUGUCUUCCCCAGAAGAUCUCUGGAAAUAAACCCCAGUCUCAAAGACUAAGUGGUCAUUCUGAUAGAAAGGAUUGUGACUGGAGGGAAGGAAAGAGAUCUUCAUCAAAAUUAAGGAAAGAUGGGUGCCUUCAGAAAAAGAGUAAAGAUAAGGUUUGUUCUAACAGAGAAACGGAAGAAUCCAAAGAAGCCUCAACCCAACAACAUCAACACAGAGCCUCCAAUGCUGUGAUUAUAUCUAACAUACCUUUAAGAAGACUUUUUAAACCAAAGGAAAUGGAGUGUUUAGAAGUUCACACUGCGGGAGUGACAGGACAGCAGGGGUUGCAUCCAUUGCCAUCUUGCUCAGAAGACAGUGCUGCUCAGGUUCCAAACAGACCAAUCCAGAAUGUGGAACUUUGUGAUUUCAGUGGGGAAACUUUUGUAAAUAGAAAUUUGGAAAGCAGAAUUGAAACCGAGGCCAAAGUUAUGGAGUUAGUCUCCCAAUUUCCUCAAGUUGUCACCACUAUGCUGAAACCAGAGGGUAUGGCUAUACCAGCAAUGCCAAGUUCUGAUUCGGAAACUGCACCCUACAGUGUGGGAACAUCUGAUGGAGUGACAAAGCACAGGCCUGGGAGCAUCUGUGCAGUGUCUGUUCCUGGAAGUCCAGAUGAUGAUGUUGAUCCAACUUUUUUAGACUUCGAAGUUGAAAGUAAGGAUACAGUCAACAGUAGAGAGUCUGUCUUGGGUCAGGAAGAUGUAGACUCCAUUCCUGGGCCUGUGGGUAAUGUUUCUCCUAAAAUGGUUAUAGUCAGCAAAUUAGAGAGCACAAAUGGCAUUAUUGACCCAACAGUGACUAGAGAAUGUGACAGUAACAGCUCUGCUGAUGAGUUAUGUAUGAAGAAUGAACCUUCUGAUACCACUGUUCAUGAAAUGGACACAGACAGUGGAUUUCAGAAUGUAUGUGACACUACUAUUAGCAAGGCAUGUGUGGUGGACAUUGCAGGUGCAGUUUGUGCUCAUGUAACUGCAGGCAGCCCUUGGAGAGUUUCACCUAGAGGUUCUGAUGAGAGUAGUGACAAUACAAGUAAUUUCUCAGAUUAUAUAGAAAUGAUUACAGAUGCAGCCCCUCUUGAUCCAGCUAAAAGUGAGAACGACUCUAAAAACAUUAGCAGCCUGACUGCCUGCUCAGAUAUUUAUGCUGAGAGUAUUGCAUCUGGUUUUACAGAGUCAACAGGAAAGUUGAUAGAGAAUAUGUCAGAUUGUGCUUCCUCUUUACCCAUAAAGAAGAUUGCUGAUAGCAAUUGUACCACUGCUUUGGACUCUGAGCUGAGUGUGUCAAAUGGGACAGAAGUACUUUUGGAGAGUGCCUUGGGCAGUGAUCUGGAGACUACUGAGGAGAUAACAGAGGCAUUGCUUAAACUAAGAACUGCUGAAGAGUUUAAAACAAAAGAGGAAGAUGAUUCAGAGAGUGCAGUGUGUGGUGUAUCGUUUUCUGAUAGAGAAUCACCUCUGGAAUCAUCCGUAGCUCUAAAAACACCAGACACUUCUCACGAUCAAGGAAAUAUUGCUGUGGAGGAAAGCUGGGAAUCAAUGUUUAAUGAUGAUGGUGAUUGUGUAGAUCCACGUCUUCUGCAAGAGUUAUCAGGGAAUAUGAAGAACAGAAAAAGCAUCCAGGAGCCUAGAUUUGAUUAUUACAGCCAUGAACUUACCGAUAUUGAUCUCAGUGAAUGUGAAUUCCCACAUGUCAUUGAAAUUUAUGACUUUCCUCAAGAAUUUCGUACAGAAGACCUUUUGCGGAUUUUCUGCAGUUACCAAAAGAAAGGAUUUAAUAUUACGUGGGUAGAUGAUACACAUGCCCUAGGAGUUUUCUCCAGUGCAAUCACAGCUCGCGAUGCUCUAGGUAUUAAACAUACCAUGGUGAAGAUUCGGCCCUUGUCACAGGCCACAAGAGCAGCCAAGGCCAAAGCUAGAGCUUGUGCUGAGUUUCUCCAGCCAGCAAAGGAACGACCGGAGACUUCAGCUGCCUUAGCCAGGAGGUUAGUCAUCAGUGCCCUUGGGGUUCGAAGCAAACAGAGCAAAACUGAACGGGAAGCAGAGCUCAAGAAACUGCAGGAAGCCCGAGAGAGAAAACGUUUGGAAGCAAAGCAACGGGAAGAUAUCUGGGAAGGCAGAGACCAAUCUGCGGUUUGAACAUCACAUACUGGGAGGAAUGAAUCCUUGAAUUAGGAAGUGGUUCAUAGCCUUGAGACAAGAGGAUCUUUCCAGAGCUGUGUACAUGUAGAUGAGCAUGUUAAAAGAAAAUGUGAACAAGACAAAAGACUGGAGCAUAUAGAGAGAACGAGGAGUCCUUUCCUCACUCCUAAAUUCAGAACUGUCCACUGUGGUGGAUGUUAAAAGGAACCAUCAUGUGGGAAGUAAAAAUCCAAGAGUCCUCAGCAUAGAACAGGUCAUGUGACUGUAGGUCACACUUCCAGGAAGUCUAAAGCAGAUGUAAAGCAGAACAGAGGAUUCAAGCCUGCAGUGAUAGGCCCACAUAGGUAUUCCUUAGUACUUCACAAAAUGGAGAACAAGAGUAAUAGGGACAGUGGAGAGAGGGGACGUGGGAAGCAGUUCAGAGAGACAAAAGUGCCUGGUGUGCUUGGCACAUAGAGUCUACACUCCUGGCACCAGAACUUCGAAGCCAGUGACCACAGCGCAUUGUGUGUAUUUGGACUCCUGAGUUUGUACUAAGCUUGGUGCCUGGUACUGCUCCAGUUGCACAGCGGCCAGGGGUCUGUCACUUCCCUUCCUCACAGUAAGCUAGUCCCAGGGAGCCAAGUGCCAGCUCCAGUUCAAGCAGUAAUGCAUUGUGAGAGGGCGCGAUUAAAGACUUUUAUAACCUAAA